CAAAAAAGAAAAAAAAAAGCAUUGAAUAAACCUCCCCUGCCUUCUUACUCUUUUUUUUUUUUCUCCCAUUGUGACAAAGUCAAAUUCAAUAUGGGCAAAUCAGUAGAACAAACAAUGAAUAAUCCAUUCACGGACAAGUCAGUAGAAAUACAUACAUUAAGUAGAAAUGAAGAAGAAGCUUGUUUUAAAGAUCUCAAGGCAAAAGCUUUACAGCAUUGUCAAGACUCUGUCAAAGAUUUCGUGGAAUGUAGCAAGGAACAUAAUGUCACUGUCAUGUGGACUUGUCGAUCAAAGUUAAAGACCAUGAACAGUUGUUUAAAUGAACGAACUUCAAGGGAAGAAUUGGACAAACUAAAAUUGAUCAAGAUGGCAGAAAAACGAGCAAGACAACAACAACAACAAGCCGCUUCUUCUUCCUAAAUAAUGGAUUUGUUAGACUCUUAUUUUUAUUUGAUCCUUUUUUUUCUCCUUCACACCUAAUCAACCGUUAUGUGUUGUCAUUUUUAUAUAUCAUUGUUCUUAUUUUAGAUCUUCUUUUUUAUUCUUAUUAUUUCAUUGAUACAUUCAUCCAAGCCAAUAAACAAGACGCAUUCUAUACACA